AUGUCUUAAGCUUUGUCAAUAAUUUAUUGAUGACAGUUGUGCACGCAAGAAUCAUUUAAACAUUCGGGUGAUUUAUGUUAUAUUAUCAUGAAUUGUUAUACCAAAAUGGAAGCUGCGGUAGGUAAGCGAGAGGAACCAUACUUUUUCAUCCCCAUGUGAAUUGUCUAUUUGAUAUCGACACUUCAUUGCCCGAUUCUUGGAAACCUGUACAUUAGUUCGUUUCACUUUGUUUAAAAUAACCGGAUAUAAAUUUCGCAAAUUUUAUAUGCCACCAGAAUUCCAUAUUGUAUUUAUCUUGUAAAGUCUUUGUGUCUACAAAGACAUUGUCGUAUCACUUUGGACAUCUUAGCGUACUACACUUUGUACCAGACGUGUGCAUGUCAGCAUCCUAAUGUCCGCUUCCCCUAUCUUGCAUGUACAAAUGUUGGGCUCAAUGUCUCGGCCGAGUCAUAUAACAGAAAGAAGACUCAUACCAUUGGCGGGUACUCUUAGAACUUCAAGGGCCCACGGUGGCCCUACCGAGAUAGGCGAACCGUAGCGGCCGUGCAGUACAAAUGGAGGAUACGAAUUCUAUGGGCCACAAUAAACAUAAAUAUUAUCGUUUUACUUCUCUUUCUUCCAUAAAAAUUGUAUUAGAUAUAUUUCCCUUUUUUUCCCUCUUGACUGGUAUCGAGUGUGGCCGCGAAUCCGUUGCGCCAAGCCACACUAACGGAGACAACGCUAGCUCGAUUCCCGUUCUCCCGCAGCCAUGGCGAUCGCCUCCUUCCACCCGCCGAUCCGAAUCCUCUCGCCGGCUCCCUCGUUCCCUCGGCCUCCGUCGAAGAGGCUUCGGCCUCUACUCCCCCGUUCCCCAACCCGCCCAAAAUCCCAACAGCGGCGGGUAUCCCGGAGGCAAGCCAAGCCCCAGCCCUCCGACACCGACCGGUCCCUACUCACCCGGGCCUCGGGCCUCCUCAAUCGAAUUAGAGGCGAUGAGAUCAGCUUAGAGAUACUGAGCAUUGCCCUGCCGGCUGUCUUGGCCCUUGCUGCGGACCCCCUCGCUUCGAUUGUGGACACCGCCUUCGUGGGACACUUGGGUUCUGUUGAGCUAGCAGCAGUUGGUGUCUCGGUCUCAAUAUUCAAUCUGGUUUCGAAGCUGUUCAAUGUUCCUUUGCUCAAUGUGACUACAUCCUUUGUUGCUGAACAACAGGCACUAGAGUGUAGUCCUGAGAGCAAUGAUCAUGCGAUUGAAGCAGGGGGCAAAGUUCCCACUGGAAGAUAUUUGCAACAAGAGCCGAUCAAUUAUGCUGAUGGAGAAAGCAGGAAGUUUCUUCCAGCAGUAUCAACAUCUCUGGCUUUUGCUGCUGUAGUUGGGAUUGCGGAAUCAAUGGCUUUGAUCUUUGGCUUGGGACUGCUAAUGGAUUUCAUGGGUAUAUCUGUUGAUUCACCUAUGCGCUUACCAGCUGAGCAAUUUCUUACUCUACGUGCAUAUGGUGCUCCAGCAAUUGUACUAGCACUUGCUGCACAAGGCACAUUUCGUGGCUUUAUGGAUACAAAGACACCGCUAUAUGCUAUCGGUGCUGGAAGCUUACUAAAUGCGAUAUUGGAUCCCAUUUUAAUAUUUCUAUUUGGUCUAGGUGUAGGCGGUGCUGCAAUAUCUACCGUAAUUUCUGAGUAUAUGAUUGCUGGUAUCCUCCUCUGGAAGCUGAAUGAGAAAAUAAUACUGUCUCCAAAUAUUAACGGGGAAGGAAUGAGUCUAUAUCUAAAAUCUGUUGGCCUCUUGGUUGGUAGAACUAUAGCUGUGCUCAUUACAAUGACAAUAUCAACUUCCAUGGCAGCACGGGAAGGCCCAGUUGCCAUGGCAGGUCACCAGAUAUGCUUACAAGUUUGGUUGGCGGUCUCUUUGCUCAAUGAUGCCUUGGCACUUGCUGGUCAGGCUUUACUUGCAAGUGAAUAUACUCGGAAGAACUAUGUACAAGCCCGUCUUGUAAUAUACAGGGUUAUACAGAUUGGAGCAGCAACUGGAAUUGCAUUGGGUGUGUUGUUGUUCUUUGGAUUUGAGCCUUUCUCAACUUUAUUCACCACUGAUUUUGCUGUUCUCCAAAUUGCUCAAUCUGGCAUUCUGUUUGUCACCGUUUCUCAACCGAUCAAUGCGCUUGCUUUUGUAAUCGAUGGCCUCUAUUAUGGUGUCUCCGACUUUUCGUAUGCUGCAUAUUCUAUGAUACUCGUGGGGGUAAUCUCAUCACUGUUCCUACUAAUAGCUGCUCCUGUAUUUGGACUUGCUGGAGUAUGGGCUGGUUUGGUUUUUUUCAUGAGUCUGCGAGCAGUUGCUGGGAUUUGGAGGUUACAAACCAAAGGUGGACCAUGGAAGAUACUAUUGUCUGAUAUGGAGAUAGGAACCACAAAAGAAUGUUGAUGGCCAUUGAUUUAACUGGAUGCCGAUGUUGGUGAUGGAAUAUACUGCCCUCACAGUUCUACACUUGUACUGCAGCUGUUGUCUUUCAGUAGGCAAGAUAUUGGAUGAUCUUAGACAUGACUUAGUCAGUAAACAGAUACGAGAUACAGCAUAAGAGAACAAGGAAGAAGAUUGGCAAAGACUCAAGUUGCAAGAACAAUAAAUUAUCCUGCAAAGCAUGGAAGAGCUAUUAAUCCAAAGAACAGUAUUCUUUUGCAGAGCACAAUAGUACCAGUUGUUUCGUAGCACUAAAUGGUUGUUGGAAGAUGCAUAUCAGAGAACACGCUCUGUAUCUGCCCCUGCUGCUGGGGAUCCGUGUAAGAAGUGCUUAUUGAACUAUCAUAUCCAGAGCUGAACUCAUAGUUUCUUGGGUUCGAUGGAUUGAAAGGAGACGGGUUUGCCGACCCAGCGGAUUUGCCGCUGAAGCUGGAGUUGGUGAUGAGCAUCUGAUUCUGAUGGCUGCUCGUCGUCGCCGUCGGUCUUAUCGCCAUGGCGAAGCUACUGCUGCCUUGUCCACCACUUCCACGGGCCGCGGGGACAUCAUGGUUGUGCUUGCCCUCGUACGUGGUGAUCACCGCCCUGAGAUCAUGACAAGCCCUCUCCACAUGCUUCCUCACCGAGCAACCCACGGUGGUGCACUUGUAGUAGCUCCUGCAGUUCGACGAUGACAACAGGUGACAUGAGAUAUAUGCAUACUCUUCAGGUCAUCGAUGCAUUUGCAGAAGCAAUUUGCUCGCCUUGGAUUGGGAUUCCCCUUCACCACCUUCUGCCCGUACUUCCUCCAGCGAUAUCCAUCGUCGAGGAUGUCAAUGUCACUCGUGGUCUGAACCACCACCCUGGGCUCCCUCACCGUCCUGCUACCAGCACCUUCUCCUUCUUGCUUCCCCUUCCUGCAAAAACAUGGACGGCAGACAUGAGUCCAUCUCAUCCCUCAACUAUGGCAGCCAAUCGCUUGUUCUUCGACCAACUCCGAUAACAUCUUACCAUCGCUUAGCAUCAGGUUCCUCCUCCUCGAAUUCAUCGACUCCUGACUUGCUCACCUGAGACCCCAAAUCGAGAUCAUCAUCGCCGAAGGAGACGGAGGAAUUGUCAGGUGUGGCAACCGACUCCAACAUCAAAGAUCGAGUUGCUUUCGCGCAAGCUAAGUUCCUCGUGGUGAACUGAGGCUUGGGAUGGUUGUGCGUGCCUUUGUAUACGAUUUCGGUAAUCUGUCCAUCUAAAGAUCUCUCGAUCUUCUUCUUCGUGGGGCAACUCGGAGUCUGAACAGCUUGAGCAUGGUGAGCUGAACCAGAUGGGUGGCGGCUGUUGCUAUCUCUGGGGGCUGUGGAUUCAGAUUUCGUAGUGGGAGUGGUGGUGCUGUAAUGUUGUUGGUGCAUCCAUGAUGGUUGGUGUUCGUCCUGUAUGACCACAUUAAAGGAUUCGUCAUCGGGAAGAAAUGGCAUCAAGACACGAAGGUCUUCUGAACUGCAACCUGUAGGAAAGGAAGAAGAGCAGGAAGGAGCAAUUGGUACCGAUGGAAUUGAGGCGGAAGAAGGGUGAAAACAAGAUGCUUGCUUGGUUCCAUUUUGGAAAGAGAAUUCACCCAAGCACUCGUCUCCAUCCCUGAUGCCUUGCUGAUAACCGAAAGCUUGAGGAGAUCGAAACAUCUGUCCAAGGGGAUGCUUCAUAUAAGCUUAUCAUGAUUUGGAUGGCAAUCACAACAGAUUCACAGCUGACUCCAUGCACUUACACCAGAAGAGAGGAGAACGGGCGAGUCGAGGAGCGCAGCUGGGCUGAACCCCGCCGGAAUGGCAAAGUAGGAGGAGGAAGGAGAGAUGGGCAGUGACGGCGGAGCGAUGAACUUGAACUCGGGAAGGUCAGUUCCAUCACCCGCGACACCGUCCGAGAACUCUCGGGCGUCGGCCGCGGCUCCGGAGAGCAGCUCAGUGAAGGAACCGGUCGAGAAGGCGAACGCGUCGGCGUGCCAGGAGCUCGCGGCGGAGGACGCCAUGCAGGAGGAAAGAGGAAGGGAGGAGGAAUCGGACGGCAGAUCGAGGAGAGGUUGUUCGUGUCUCGUUGCUGGUCUAAGAGAUUGGGAUCGGUUGAUCAUUGGUGAGUGUGAUGAUUAAGAAGAAUAGGAGACAGGGAGAAGGCUCGAGCACCAUAGCACGCGAAUGCGGAGGCUUCUUCUGAGAAGAAGAGGGCAGGGGGUGGGAAUUUUGACCGUUGACUGGUCAAACUUCGUGGGUUUGACUGGAGGCCAAGUCUGGCCUCACCGUUUCCACUGCUACCCGCCUUGCUUACCCGACCGAAGGUGAAGGGCCCCACAUCAUGUUUUUGUGGUCUCCAGUUAGUAUUCACCAAUCAAAUUGUUGGGUGGUCAAGGACGGGUAUGAACGAAUCGCCCCCUUUUUCUCGUUGCAUGGCUCUCUGACUUCAUUUGUGCUUGUGAUGCUAUUGCUACAUUAAGACCCUCCUCUAGAAUCAUAACUUGGUGUUGCAAGCUUAAGUUCCUAUUA